AUGCACAUUGGUAUUUUCCUGGGUCUCCCUAGAACGAAAGUAUAUAAAGAUAGCCAUCGUCGCAAGAACACCAAUAUCCCCCAGGUUGAGGACACUCCUCCUGCUCCUGUACUUGUUGCUCUUGUGCCUUCCAUACCUGUCACUCCUGCUGCACCCAUUCCUGUUACUCCUGCACCUUCCUUACCUGUUGCUCCUGCACCUUCCAUACAUGUCACUCAUGUGGCUACUUCUUCUGGACCUGUUCCUACUGUAACUACCACCACAGCAGCUGCAAUUGCUACUACUCUUCACCGCCCUAGGAGACAAUGA